AAAUUGAAUUUUUUUUUAUAUAGUGAAAACGAUAACGAAAAUAGUAGAAAUAUAUCCUACGCAUAAAAAAACAAAAACAGUAUUUUACGUUGAUCAAUUAUUCAAAUAUAAAGAUUAAAAAAAAAAGUGUAUAUAAAAAAUAACAAUGUUACGUAGUACUGUCAAGACAAUACUACUAGAAGGAUUGCAUCCUUCAAAUAAUUUAAUGCCUAUUAAAAUGAGCUCAUCACAUUUUUUAUAUACUUGUCAGAAAGCAGUUGCACAAACUAAUAUGGGACAAAAACGAUAUUUUAAAAAUUUUGGGCAUAAAAGGGAACCACUAGAUAGACAUUCUUAUCUGAUUAUUAUUUGUGGAAUAGCUAUUGCCUAUACUAUGACUGGUCUUAUGGAGUUUCCAAGAAAAGUAAAAUUUCCGAAAGUAGAUGCUGCUGAUUUGUUACAUGAAAAUGAUAAAGAAGAAGAGAAAAAUACAGAUACCACAGAGCAAGAUGAUCAGAAAAAGAAAAAAGGGAAGAAAGAAAAAACUGGAUUUCGUGAUAGAAAGAUAAUAGAAUAUGAAAAUAGGAUGAGAGCUUAUUCAACGCCAGAUAAAAUUUUUAGAUAUUUUGCAACUGUAAAAGUAACUAGUUUAGGAGGUACAGAAACAUAUAUGACACCUGAUGAUUUCUUAAGAGCUAUUACUCCUGGCAUGAAACAACCAGAUGGUCUUGGAUUGGAUCAAUAUAAAAAAUAUGAUCCCAAGAAUAUUCAUGAAAAAUUAGAAUUAGCAUUAGAUGAAAACAGUAUCUUUUAUAAACUAGGAAGUGCUGGGCUUAUCACAUUUUCUGAUUAUAUCUUUUUAUUAACAGUGUUAUCAACUUCUAGACGUCAUUUCGAAAUAGCAUUUAGAAUGUUUGAUUUUAAUGGUGAUGGUGAUGUAGAUUCUGAUGAAUUUGGAAAAGUUGCUACAUUGAUACGUCAACAAACUAGUAUUGGUAACCGUCAUAGAGAUCAUGCUAAUACUGGUAACACGUUUAAGGGUGUAAAUUCAGCUUUGACAACUUAUUUCUUUGGUCCUAAUAUGAAACAGAAAUUAACAAUCGAGAAAUUUCUAGACUUUCAGGAACAACUACAAAGAGAAAUUUUGAGUCUUGAGUUCGAGCGUAGAAAUCCGGAUGAAAAUGGUAAAAUAACUGAAGUAGAUUUUACUGAAUUAUUAUUGGCAUAUGCUGGUUAUUCUGAUAAAAAGAAAGCAAAAAUGUUAAAGAGAGUAAAAAAAACUUUCAAAGAAAAUCCAAAAGGAAUUAAUAAAGAGGAAUAUCUCAAGUUCUUCCACUUUUUAAAUAAUAUUAAUGAUGUUGAUACGGCUUUGACAUUUUAUAAUAUAGCAGGUGCUUCUAUUGAUCAAGCUACGUUAAAACAUGUAGCAAAAACAGUUGCACAUGUAGACUUAAGCGAUCAUGUUAUCCAAGUUGUAUAUACGAUAUUUGAUGAAAAUAUGGAUGGACAACUUAGCAAUCGAGAAUUUGUAGCAGUAAUGAAAAAUAGAGUGCUUCGUGGCUUGGAGAAACCAAAAGAUACAGGAUUUGUCAAAUUAGUACAAUCAUUAAUCAAAUGCGCAAAAAAUAGUUAUUUUAUUCAGUUUGAUAAAUAAUUAUAUAUGAUUUAUAGCAUCAAUAUUAAUUCCGUUUUAUAUUCA